CGGUGGCCUCAGUCGAGGAGAAGAUUUGGUCCAUUUUGGGUUGUGUUCGCUGGUGAAAAUUUUCUUCAGACGUUUGGAAAAACAGCAGGCAAAAAACAGGAGUUUCGGAAUUUUCAAACGCAAGUCUUUCGUGGAGUUUUGGGGUUUAUAUCCCCCGGGGUGAUUUAUGGGACUUUUUCACGAGUCUGGUCGUUAGUGGAAUGAGCACACAAGGUCCGCAGGAGCCGGUCUCCAUUAGCACCACGUCCAACGCAUUUGGUGGAAAUUGAAGUUAGUGAGCGAAGUUUGUCCGUCAGGAGGAUUAGCAUUCCAUCAACGUGUGCUCGACACGAAGGAGAGAACCCCGUAAGAGUUAGUGUUAUGUAUGUGCUGUUGGGCGAGUUUUCGGGUGGAAAAGUUCUGAAGUGAUGUAACUCUUGACACUCGUAUGCUAUAUUUUCUUUCCUCUCGUCCGCGAGUGGUCUGUGUUCGAGCUUUUUUUUUCCGUUUCUUCCUGCUUGAUCUCAAGUGGCAAUCAGUGAGUUUUAUGUAAUCGUUACCAAUAGCGAAGUGGAGUGGUGGCAUAGGAAGAUAGGGAAACAAACUCAGGAAGAGCUAUCCCGAGGCUCAGUGCACGACCGCAAGUGAUGAACCACUGAAAGGAUCAACGCAUUUCUGCUCUUUCAUAUUCGCUCUUCAUAAGACGAAUCCGGAAUCCGUGUCAUUUGCUUCAUUUCCACUUAAUCUCCAAACACACACACAAAAAAUCAAUUCUUCGUGUAUAACUCGUGAACCCCUAGUGUGCCUCGAACAGAGGAAAAACGUGCCUAACAAUCGGUGUUGUAUUAGCUGGUAAUCGCUUCAAUACGUGGCUGAUCCUACAUUCGUCGGUGGUGAGCAGGUGGUGGAUGAGCUGUGUAAACUUUUCGGUGUGAAAUCGUACCAAAGCGGAAAGUGUUUUUAAAGGAACGUGAAAAUUCCCGAAUUGUGCCAAUAUUUGCAUGCUAUUAACGAUUCCUACGAAUGGGAAAGUUGAGUUAAGAAAACAAUAGCUUUUCCCGCAGCCACAGAUUCGAACCCGAAAGAAAGGAGCAAGUGCAGGAGAAGUUCCGGAUCAAAGUGAGUGGAACCAAAAGUUUGUUGUUCCCGGGCUGUGUGUUUAUCUGAUUGUCAGCUUCCAUCUGGAGAUUGUUUUUUUGUAUUUAAAGGUGUUGAAAAAAUAUAUAUCUCCACAAUCAUAGAGUAUUCAUUUCUUCCCAAGUAGAAUGGAGUCUUCUACAUUAUGACAAUACGAGCGGCAAGAGCGAUAGCAGCAACUACAGCAGCAACUUUUGGAGGACGUGCGUCGAGAGGGUAACCCAAGUCGGUGGCUGCAUCAUGAGCUCACGUCACGCCUUCUACACCGUUGAGGUGGGCGACACCAAGUUUACCAUUCUGAAGCGAUAUCAAAACCUGAAACCGAUCGGAUCCGGUGCCCAGGGCAUCGUGUGUGCCGCAUAUGACACAAUCACCCAGCAGAAUGUCGCCAUCAAGAAGUUAUCUCGACCGUUCCAGAACGUCACACAUGCCAAACGCGCGUACAGGGAGUUCAAACUUAUGAAAUUAGUCAAUCACAAGAAUAUUAUCGGACUGUUAAAUGCAUUCACACCGCAGCGCACGCUCGAAGAAUUCCAGGAUGUGUAUCUGGUUAUGGAGCUCAUGGACGCCAACCUGUGCCAGGUCAUCCAGAUGGAUCUGGACCACGAGCGGAUGUCGUAUCUGCUCUAUCAGAUGCUGUGCGGCAUCAAGCAUCUGCACUCGGCUGGCAUCAUUCACAGGGACUUGAAGCCCUCUAACAUCGUAGUCAAAUCGGACUGCACACUGAAAAUCCUCGACUUUGGAUUGGCUCGCACUGCCGGUACGACGUUCAUGAUGACGCCGUACGUGGUGACGCGGUACUAUCGCGCCCCGGAGGUCAUCCUCGGAAUGGGAUACAAGGAGAACGUCGAUAUCUGGUCCGUUGGGUGUAUCAUGGGGGAGAUGAUUCGCGGUGGUGUGCUGUUCCCCGGCACCGAUCACAUUGACCAGUGGAAUAAGAUUAUAGAACAACUGGGCACACCGUCGCCCUCGUUCAUGGCACGGCUACAGCCAACGGUGCGGAACUACGUCGAGAACCGUCCCCGUUACACCGGCUACCCGUUCGAUCGGCUCUUCCCGGACGUGCUGUUCCCGACCGACUCGAACGAACACAACCGUCUCAAGGCUAGUCAGGCGAGGGAUCUGCUGAGCAAGAUGCUGGUGGUCGAUCCCGAGCAUCGCAUCUCGGUCGAUCAGGCCCUGGUGCACAGCUAUAUCAACGUGUGGUACGACGAGAGCGAAGUCAAUGCGCCCGCCCCGGGACCGUACGAUCACAGCGUAGACGAGCGCGAGCACACCGUCGAACAGUGGAAGGAGCUCAUCUACCAGGAGGUCAUGGAGUAUGAGGCACGCACCAACCUGGCCGAUGGUGAUGGUACUCCGCGGUAGAAAUCGUCGGCAGAAUAAAACGAAUCAAGUCUGGUGUUCCUGAACUCGACGACGACAAAGACGACGACGAAGAUGGAAACGGCCAGCAAAAGUAUGUGCGAAGAGCGCCUAGUGUGAUUUUGCCAGUUCAUAGGCAAAGAAAGCAGAUAAAUAAAUGGAGUAAUUGGCAAAUGGAAGCGGCAGCACAUGGCGACGGUAAUACGAAAGCAACGGAAGGAUAUCUUCUCUCUUACAAGCAACAUCACCACCCGCAUCACUUGUGAUGUGGCAUUUUUUUUUUGUAUUAUCACAAUUGAAACAAAACACAACCCCCGGAGAGAAGAAAAGUUCUAAAUACACGACGACAUUGACGCGUAGAUCCAUAAGCGGGGAAUGCACAACAAUACGGUAGGAGAAAAACGUAAAGAAAAUCAAUCAAUAAUAACGAUGGUGUCAUCAAAAAUGAUUGGCAAAAAAAAACUGCUGAAAAUGUGGUUUCGUUGCAUUCUCUCGUUGUUUUUCAUAGGAUGUGGAGAUGCGAUCCAGUAUUUGGUAGAAGAAGAAAAAAUGAAUAAUCGUGCGCUGUGAAAUUCAUUACUAAAACUAAAAAAACUGAUAAACCAUUAAUGCAGAACUUUAUUCGGAUUGGCGAAAGUCAUGAGAAGAAUGUGGUUUGUAAAUAUUUAAUAAAACGGUGAAAGACUUGUGUAAGCAAAUGCCGAUAAAUAGCAUGACACAUACCUAGUGUUUGUGAGUGGGAAACGAUUGGAGUCUGUGAAAUAAAGAAUACCAAGCCACCCAAAAUAGCACGCGAUCUAACAGAACCCAAACAGCAGCUGGUCAAAAUGUGCAAUAAACUUUAUCACCAGAUUCAAAGAAAAAAUUAAAACUACGCUUCCCUCGGGAAUAGACCUUUAUUUCUCGGAUGUUCAGCUGACAAACAAAUUCUUAGAUCGCUUUUAAUUGUUGAUAUUAGAUACAAACUACAACAAACAGUCGGUAGACCUAAGAUCCCGAUAGGAAGAGUAAUCAAGGGGACGUGAACAACAAAACAGCAUUAUCCUCACAUUUCGUUCCGUGUGUUGGUCAUAUUAUGUCCAAACAAGAGCUGAAUUUAUUGUGAUAAGGUGAGUCAGGCUAAUUUAAAUUAUUUAACUCCAUUUCCAAUAGAAAAAAAAACGCUCAGGUCAACUCAUGGCAGACUAGAUUGAUUCAAAUUGUCCUAUUGUUUCAUUUCUCUCUUACGUUGAAAUCAUCGGUCUCAAGAGACAAGACUACUUUGAUCGCUAACCCUGGAUCUAUACACUAAUUUAGAUAACACACUGCCCUCUAUACGAGUUAAGGUGAAUCAAGUAAAAAAGCGAAUCAUUUGACACACUCACACAUAAACACACAUACACAAAGAUUAUCUUUAAAACAAAGUAAAGACACAUGCACUUCUAGGUUUUUAAAUUAAUGGUUGAAUUACGGUUUUUACAAAAAUCGACGCGAAAUCAUUACGAUUUUAAGUUCAAUUUUGCUCAGUUGCCAUUUCAAUUGCCAUAUUCAUCCCGAACGGAGAAAAUAAAACACGCGUACAUUCAAGUACUUAAUUAUCAUGCAAACCAAACAAAUAACAAAAAAAAUACCAACAAUUCUAAGGAAAAAAGUUUUUUAAUCAAUAAAAGGCAUUAGGAAAUUCGUAACAGGCAAAUACAAACAAAAUAAUGGAACAAUUCGUUGGGUGAUUUGAAUAAUUAUAAACACAAAAAUACAGUAUGUAAACAUUGAAUAAACAAACAAUAAAUAAUGUAGAGCAAAAAAAAUACAAGGUCGUGUAAAUAAGUAAUGGUAUAUGAAAUUAUUACAAAACACAAUUAGAUGAGAAAUAUAAGUGAAAGUCGUAUAGGAAUCAGUGCAGCCCAAAAAUAUGUUUAAGAAAACUAACAGCAAACACAAAAAAAAAAAGAAUUAAAAGGUAACCUCUGAUCAUAUUUUGAUGAUUAGCAGAAGCAUUAGAACGUGGCUGGUAACUAAUCCCCAUCGCGAUGAAGAGAACAAAUAUAAACGCUAGCCUUCGUUAGUGGAAGGUUUUAUACGCGAUGAUAUUUUUAGCAGAAGUUAUUUCAAUGAUGCAAACAGAUAUCAUGCACAUAAUACACCACACCUACUCUUGAGAGCAGACUUAUUCUAGAAAAGAUCACAAAACAUACACACACACACACACUCACAUAGGACUUCUUCUACUGAAGCUGAAAUAUUCCUACUAAAAUAUCCGGCAAUGCGACGAAUAGACUCAGAUGUUAGCAGACAUUUCUAAGCAAACAAACAAACACUUGCGCAUGAGAGAAAGAGAAAAGCAAAUGAGUAAAAGAACAGUUUUACGAUUCCGCCCUUUUUAUAGAAAGAAAUAAUAAGCAAAACAUACAAACAAAAGAAGGAUAUUAGGAAAAAAAUGGAAGCACUUCUGAUCUUCACCGAGAACUAACCCACUUCGAGGAAGCGGGAAAUCUGAGGACGAUUUGUAUUAAUUUAUGCGCAGUAGUGCGCUAACACCGCAAAAUGUAAGAAGCAAACAAAACGUUUCAAUGGAGAGAAAAUUAGUGACAAUCGCUUUCCUUUCGUUCUUCGAUUCCGUUUGCUGUCCGAUGGACGAUAGUUUUGCCUGCCUUCUCCUUCUCCGCAGCAAAAAAGAUGAAAAGAAAAAGAAAUCAGAACAAAAGGAAGACACGUAUGUUCUAAACAAUUGAUCAUAAGGUAAAAUUAACAACAACAAAAACACACACAAAAACAAAAUAACGUCCAAACCUUAAAAUAAAGCAAAUAUUAAAAUUAGCAAGUUAAAACAUUGCCAACUCUUCUCGCCUAGAAUUCCAACAGCCAACAUGUUGAACACGCUCGUAGUUUUGACCUCAUAAUAAUAAAAAAUAACAGUUCACCAAUCACUUCUCAGAUCGAUUCGAUUUCACCGCAGCAGUCGCAAUCAGGUUUGCUCUUCAUUUCGGUCAUUUCGACAACAUCAUCCCUUCGUUCGUUUGCAAAUCGAAUCAAUCAAACCAUAUGAAAGUGAAUUUCACUAGUGAAGUAAAAAAGGAAAGAUGAAACCUCUAAAUCGAAUUGAUUUCCUAGUGUAUAGUAGCCACAAUAUCACCUUGAUAUUUUCCUCUCUCUCUAAUCAACUUAGUUUUCCUUGAGCCAUGAAGUGUGUGAGAAUCGCUAGAAACGGAGAGUCACCGGUGUGAUAAAUUACGAUGAUUAAAACUAUGGCGGCAGAGAGGUGGAGAAGAACGGACAGGGGAGCCGACGAGAAAGAAAGAAAAUAUUCAAACCUAACAUAAACUUACUAUUGCUAAACAAUUGCAAACAAACAAAAAAAUAUUACUUUUACGCGAGCAUGGCAAAGUUCGAUCUAGGGAUUCCUGAUAGAGAGAACAUACCAAACUAAACAAGUUCACACAAACAAACACACACAGAGGAGAAAGCUGCUGCUGCGCGCCACCAGUACAGAAUGAGUAUAGGAGAAGAAGAAAAAACAAGUGUAUUAAUGCAGAAAGUAAUAUUAUAUAAAUGAAACAAACAGAAAACAAAAGCGUGAAAGGUAAGCAAAACAAAACUGACAAGACAGACUAAGAAUGGGUGAAGUAAAAUUACUGAAAAUUACUGAUAAUAAAACUUAUUUAUCACGA